CUGCUGAAGCGCCGAGCUGAGUGUGUGCACUGGCAAGAUCCAAGUCUCAGUUGAAUAGCAAAUUGGUCCAAAUUAUUGAAAGGAAAAAAGCCUUGGGAAGAGGAGGGGUAGGAGUAGGAGACGGGAGGAGGGGGGCAGCAACAAUCCUUUUCCCUUCCCAGAUGGUCAGAACAGUGCCGAUCGCAUCACAUUCCGCGGAGCGUCGCCAGGUCCUAUGGUGAAGUGCCAUCGCUCUAAUCAAAAACAAACGGAGCCGCAGCUUUCGCUUGCGCUCAACUCAGCUCCAGUACGGAACGUCCAUCCUUGGCUGUGCGAGGUCUCCGUCUGGCCGAUAUUCGGUGCCGACGGGGCCUUGAAUGAUUGAACUGUGGUUAAUUGAAGAAGCGGGAGAAGUAAAUACGAGCACACCACUCAAGACGAAGUUACUAUGGAGAAGCGCAGGGAGGCAGGAGUCUAACGUGGAUAGGGGGCACAAAUCAAAUCAAAAUAUUUACUAUUCGGAUUAAUUCAAUUUUGAACACUUCAUUUUCAGAGGGAUUUUCAUCAGAUUUUCUGGCAAUUAUCACACGCAAGCAUGAACGGAAAGGAAGCGAGGUUUUGCAGGGGAUGCUGGAGGCUACUGCUGCUGUCAAGCAUUCUGGUUCUACACUUGAUUCCCCUCUUUGUACAUGGGAACACUCUGGGGGCCAAUGUCACUGAGUUUGACACCACAGCCAACGUGACAUCCCUGCCCAGUAAGGUGGAGGAAGCGGCCAAAGUGAAUGAUGUCCUUACCAAGGUGACCGGCAUCAGCAGCUCAGUCAGCCCCGUCGUCACGGUGACCCAGAGGCCCGGCCACAUGCCCCUCUCCGAAGAGGAGCAAGGCAGCGGCAUGCUGGGAGAAGGGGUGUUGCCAGCCGAGGAGGAGGUGGUAGCCCCGCCCAGGAUCAGCCCUGACUCAGCAGAGACAGAGCUCCUGCUGCCUAGCUACCCCCGUGGCACGGAGGAGGAAGAGGAUGAAGAGGAGCACACCGACCCACCGUGGCUGAACGCCAGAGACAACGUCUUCGACCUGGACCGCCAAGAAGAAGUAGCCAAUCUGGCCACCACCACUGCCCCUCCACCCGCCGCUGCUAACCCCUCCCGCCCGGACGUCCUCACGGUGGACUUCUUCGACCCCGCCUCUCGCGGCCGCGGCCUGGACCUAGCCCCGCCCUCUCCCUCCUCUUUGGCCCACGAGCUCCAGGGUGGCGACCCCACUUCCUGGGCCAUGCCAGACAACUACGACUACCUCACGCCGUAUGAAGACGGUGCGUCGCCCACCCCUGAUGAGUACUCCUACAGCACCACUACUGAUACUUUGGAUGGGGAUGACGACUUGAGGCUAACUGCCGGGCCUCCAUCGCGCUCCAGGCCCAGGGCUCCCCCAGGUUCCGGCUCCCUUACCCCAGACAAGAGGCUGCCCAGUGGGGGUGUUGCUGCUGCUCCAGAGGGCCCUGCGGCAGCCCCUCCAGCGUUACCCGUGGAUGGCUCAGACGGGGCCGGUGGCUGUCGCCAGGGCUACGUGAAGCAGAAUGGAACCUGCCGCUCCCCCUGCGACACACUGCCCAGCUACUGCUUCAACGGAGGCCAGUGCUACCUACUGGACGGCAUGGGGGUCUUCUGCAGUUUCACGCUGACGGAAGGAAAGAUGGCCCCUAUCCUGUAACCAUGGAAGUGACGUAUCCCCACGUCCUGCCCGAAGUUACUAUCUAGGCCAUCAGCCAAUGGGAUGAUCCUAAUGCCCAGAACAAGCUGGAGGACCCCGUGAAGGCCCCGGUGCCCAAGGAGGACGACUCCCUGAACAUCCACAACUCCCUGACCCCCAAACACGAGAACCACAAGGUACUGGGCGAGGAGAACUCCUCGGAGGUAAACUCACUGCAGAACAACAUGAUGUAGAAGCCUGGGUCGGGAUGAGAGCUCCAGUCCUGCUCUCUAUCCCAGCCGCCACGCCUACAACUGCUACCACCAGCCAACCACCGUCUACAACACGGCAACACUGCCACCAAGCGGCCCACGCCGCUGAAGAAAAAAAACACACCACCCCAGCUGAAACUCCCCCUGACCUGCCACCGCCUAUAGCGACCCCUUACGCCCAAUCACGCCCCCCUGCCUCGCUGCCCUGCCCCUUCGUUGCUGUCACUCUGCUCCCCCUUACCCCCUGCCCGCACGCACAUAUACACACUAGAACACACAAACCGACACACCAGAACACACAAACACACACAUAUAUGUACAUACACACACUCACAUAUACACUCAUAUUCCCCUGCCUGCAUUGGUGUAUUUUGUAAAAAGAAAAAAAUCAUAUGGAGUUUAAAAAAAGAAGUUAAACAUUGUAAAAAAUAUAAAAGUUACUGAGAGGUUUCYAUGUUUGUCUGACUAAUUAAGUGAGUAUGUAUAAAUAUAUGAAAAAAAUGCUUGGAUUGAUAUAAAAGAAACAACACACMGUGUCUUCGUUUUCAUUGAUGUGAUUUCUAAUCCUUUGAUGUACUUGUUUUAUUUUGUACUUUUUUGGGAAUACAGACUUCAAAACAGAGAACAAAAUCUAACAAAAUGUUGAAAUAAACCUUUUUAACAUGA